AUGGUCGCUGCUAGUGGUGUCACUUUCUUCACUCCCGCCCAGAACCCUCCUGCCGGUACCGCUGUCGUACCUCAGCCGGACGGCAAGCUUAUUCCAAGUCUCUUCCAACCGAUCACCAUCCGUGGAGUGACAUUUCAGAACAGAGUUUUUCUCUCCCCCCUGUGCCAAUGCUCAUCUGAGAAGGGUAUGGCGACCCCGUGGCAUGCCGCUCAUCUUGGAGGUAUCUUCAUGCGCGGCCCAGGCCUAUCUGUCGUGGAGGUAGCUGCCGUCGUCCCGGAAGGGCGCAUCACCCCAAACGACCUCGGGAUCUGGUCCGACGAUCACAUUGCUCCCCUUGCUGCGAUCGUUGAGUUUGCGCAUUCUCAGAACCAGAAGAUCGCCAUCCAGAUAGGCCAUGCUGGUCGUAAAGCCUCAGUUAACGCGCCUUGGAUCGAGGGUCAAAAUCUUGCAGAUGAGGAUGUUGGAGGAUGGCCUGAUGAUGUGGUGGCGGCUUCGCCUAUUGCGUUCGCGGAUAGCUACGCGACGCCGAAGGAGUUGAGUAAGGAGGGCCUGGAAGGCCUUGUGGAGUCGUUCAAGUUGGCUGCGCAGAGAGCCGUGAAGGCUGGGUUUGAUGUCAUUGAGGUUCACGGCGCGCAUGGGUAUUUGUUAUGCGGAUUCUUGUCUCCCACGAGUAACAAGCGCACAGAUGAAUAUGGUGGGAGCUUCGAGAACCGGAUUAGGUUCCCGUUGGAAGUUGUUGAUGCGGUACGGAGUGUUAUUCCGGAAUCAAUGCCCCUGUUCUUCAGAAUCUCAGGAUCCGAGUGCCUGGAAAAGUCUCUACCAGACAUCCCUUCCUGGCGCUCUGAGGAUACUGUUCGUUUUGCUCCCAUUCUUGCUCAGCACGGGGUCGAUUUGCUCGAUGUAUCUGCUGGUGGCAACAACAUUAAACAGACUUUCACUUCUGGACCUGCAUACCAAGCGCAUCUCGCCCAUGACGUGAAGAAGACAAACCCUGGUUUACUUGUCAGCGCCGUUGGACGUAUCACCGACGGGCACAUUGCGCAAAAUGUCCUUGAUGGAGGUCAGGCAGAUGUUGUAUUUGUCGGGAGGCUUUUCACGAAGAACCCUGGGCUGGUUUGGUCAUUUGCUGAUGAUUUGGGUGUGACGAUUAAAGUCGCCAAUCAGAUUUGGGGUCUCGGAGGGCUGACAAGAAAGCGCGUCAUCCAUCAGACUGUAUAA